AUGAAAGGAAAGAUGAACAGCAAAGCAAACAGCAUGAAUCACCCUGACCACUCCUUCAUCGCCACUCCUCAAGAUCUGGAUCCCCAACCACCACCACUGCCACAGUCCGCCUCCGCCGCUACCACCCAACGUUACCAUCCCCAACCUCACCCAGUCCAAACUCAACCAACUCGCCGCCCUCGUGGCUUCGCAGCCACAAUGUCUAAUAAUACUAAUACAACCACCACUAGCACUGCCCCACCAAAAAGCAGGAAAGAAAGGGAAAAGGAAAAGGAGCGGACUAAGCUGAGAGAACGCCACCGGCGGGCCAUCACCAGCCGUAUGUUGGCCGGUCUCCGCCAGUAUGGCAACUUCCCGCUGGCUGCCCGAGCUGACAUGAAUGAUGUGCUCGCGGCCCUCGCCCGCGAGGCCGGGUGGAUUGUUGAGAUUGACGGCACUACCUACAGACAAUCCCCGCCUCCUCCUCCUGCUGCUAAUCUUCCUAACAUUAAUCAUUACAAUAACAAUACUUCCAAUAUGGGAGCAUAUCCAGUGAGGUCAGUUGAAAGCCCACUAUCUUCUAGCUCUUGGAAAAAUUGUUCCACAAGAUCUUCGGUAGACUGUCAGCCAUCAGAUCUCAGAAACAAUGAGACUCUAUCGCCGGCAUCUCUAGAUUCUGUUGUUGUUGCAGAGAGGGAUACAAAGUUUGAUAAAUGUACGAGUGCUAGUGCCAUCGAUUCACCUGAAUGUUUUGGAGCAGAACAGAUUGUGCAAGAUAUUCAUUGCGGGGAGCAUAGAAGUGGCUUUCCGGGAACCUUCUAUGUCCCUGUUUACGUGAGACUAGCUACUGGCUUAAUCGACAAUUUCUGCCAGCUAGUGGAUCCUGAAGGAAUUAAGGAUGAGUUACAGCAUUUGAAAUCUUUGGGUGUUGAUGGCGUUGUUGUAGAUUGCUGGUGGGGCAUUGUUGAAGGAUGGAAUCCACAGAAGUACAAAUGGUCAGGAUACAGGCAACUGUUUGACAUCAUUCGAGAGUUUGACAUUAAGUUGCAGGUUGUAAUGUCAUUUCAUGAAUAUGGAGGAAAUGAUUCUGGUGGUAUCUAUAUAACCCUCCCCCAAUGGGUUUUGGAGAUUGGAAAAAGCAAUCAGGAUAUAUAUUUCACGGAUCGUGAAGGAAGAAGAAAUACUGAAUGCCUUUCUUGGAGCAUUGACAAAGAAAGAGUAUUAAGGGGAAGAACUGGCAUAGAGGUCUAUUUUGAUUUCAUGAGAAGUUUCCGAACUGAGUUUGAUGAUUUAUUCGCUCAUGGCCUCAUUUCUGCUGUGGAAAUUGGACUAGGAGCUUCAGGGGAGCUAAAGUACCCUUCUUUUUCAGAAAGGAUGGGUUGGAGAUACCCUGGUAUUGGUGAGUUUCAGUGUUAUGAUAAAUAUUCUCUGCAAAAUCUUCUUAAAGCUGCAAAACUCCGUGGACACUCUUUCUGGGCCCGAGGGCCUGAUAAUGCUGGUUAUUAUAAUUCCAAGCCACAUGAAACUGGAUUUUUCUGUGAGCGUGGUGAUUAUGAUAGCUACUAUGGACGUUUCUUCCUCCAUUGGUACACUCAGGUCUUAAUUGAUCAUGCUGAUAAUGUUCUUUCCCUUGCGAACCUUGCAUUUGAGGGGACACAAAUAGUUGUUAAGAUUCCAGCAGUGUAUUGGUGGUACAAGACAACAAGCCAUGCUGCAGAGCUCACAGCUGGAUAUUAUAACCCUACCAACCAGGAUGGUUAUUCUCCCGUGUUUGAGGUCCUCAAAAAGCAUUCCGUGACAAUGAAGUUUGUUGUCCCAGGAUUGCAGGUUACAUAUCAUGAAAUUGAUGAUUCCUUGUCAGAUCCUGAAGGCUUGAGUUGGCAGGUUUUAAAUUCCGCCUGGGAACGAGGGCUCACUGUAGCUGGUCAAAAUGCACAAUCAUGUUAUGAUAGAGAUGGAUUCACAAGGCUUGUUGAGAUUGCAAAACCAAAAAAUCAUCCUGACCGCUGCCACUUAUCUUUCUUUAUAUUUCAACAACCUUUUCCUUCGAUUGAAAGAACUAUAUGCUUCUCAGAUAUUGAUUGCUUUAUUAAAAGCAUGCACGGAGAUCAGAGUAAUUCAGAGUCCUAA